AUGCGUGCGCUGGUCCUGGUCCUGGUGCUGGAGUCUGCUUUGUGGGGGGUCCACUCCUGUCCAGCUGCAUGUUCCUGCUCAUAUGGGACAAGUGGGAACGCAGAGCUCAGGUCCAGUGAGGCAGGCUUCACUCUUACCUGUGUCUGUGUGUGUGUGUGUGUGUGUGUGUGUGUGUGUGUGUGUGUGUGUGAGACCGUUUUUAUUUAUAUAUUUACUUACUUACUGACUUUCUUAUUUCCUUCAUUAUUUAUUUAUAAUGAGAAUCUUCCUCUGAGUAUGUUUGUGGACCAGCAGAGUAAGGCUGUGCGAUAUCAAAUGUUUUUUUUUUUUUGCUGAUGUGAUCUGAUCUCAAAAGUGUAAUAAUGCAAAUAUUUUUUCGUGUCAGAAUGUUGUUGUUGUUAUUUUUAUUUUUUUUGAUAAUUUUAAUGUUCAGGUGCAUCUGAAUUUUUAAUUUAAAUCCACAUAUCUAUACACACACAGACACACACACACACACAUAUAUAUAUAUAUAUAUACACACACACACACACACACACACACACACACACACACAUAUAUAUAUAUAUAUAUAUAUAUAUGUAUAUACAAAGCAUCAAAAGUUAAACAAAAAUGACUGGGUUCACUCAAUGUGUAGUGGACAUUAAAACGUGACAGUUUACUUUCACAAAACAAGAAAAAAUAAACUUUUUUAUAAUAUGCUUUGAUCGAAAAACUGUUGAAUAACUGGAGGCAGACACAAUCAAUACAUUAAGCAGAAACACAGAAGUGUUCCUCACUUGAUUGUGGGUUUCAGAGUCGGUUAUCCUUGUUUUCUCUGUCUUCUCGGUCUCAGUCUUCAUUAUUUUCAAAUGUGGUCAACAGACAGUUUAAACAAGUCAUAUCUGCAAUUGGUUUCAUCCUUAUUAUGCUUCUGCUGUCCUUGCAUAGUUUCAGUAUCACAAAAUCCUUAUCCUCUUUGUGAAGCCACACUCCUGGAAAUUAACAUCCUAUUUACAAAGGUGCUGAGUGUGAAUGUAUGAAAUGGAGGAUAAUUCAGUGGGAUAAAUGAGGUAUGAAAAAUUACCAUAUUCCACAUGAUAAAUAAUGGUGUACGAAUUGCUAUAUUAAAAAUGGUAUUGCACACAAGUGAGACAGUAUGUGUUAUAUACCUUUAUUUAGUGAAUACAGAAAACUUUUGCUAAAAUUCUAGCUUAUAUUCAGCAUUGGCCUCAGCAUAUUGGAAAUGAUGACUCUAACUUCAACUAACCUACAAACAGACAAAAGGAAAAGGUUGAUCCAGGCUGUAACCUGUGAUCUCAAAUGAUGAAUCAAGUGUCAAGUGACAAAAAUUGUAAUACUGCAAGUCUCCACCAGAGGCUGGCUGCAGAGGCACCAUAAGCCACAUACACACCCAUUUAGAGAAGUCCUUCCUUUACAGGAAAUAACCAUGUUUACAGCCAAAAACUUAUUAUUUGAUAUGUUGAGGUUAUGAGGUUUACAUCACUGGAGGCAUCAGUUGAUUGACACUGAAGCUGUUCGCAAGGAGGCUAAAGCCUCUUCGCCUCUUGCUAGGUGGACCAAAAGUUAGGCGUAAUGUGUUCAAUAUGAUAACCAACUUUUUUUUUUUUUUUUUUGUAGAGCCCAAUAUAGUUUGUGUUGACAGAGCUUAGCAUCCCAAUCCUAAACCCACCCAUGGUCUUAGCUGCCUUCUGUCACUGUACCCACAACACUCUUAAGUGGAAAUAGUUCAGAUUUUGGAUGACCACUUCACUUCAAUGUCUCUGUCUUUAACUCUGCAGGUCUGUGCGAUGCAGCGAUCCAGGAAUCUCAGCUGUUCCCAUCAACAUCCCUUCUGACACUGUCAAACUGCGUCUGGAGAAGACCCUAAUCUCCAGGGUCCCCCGGGCAGCCUUCUACAACCUGUCUGACCUGCGCUUCCUGUGGCUCAACUACAAUUCCAUCACCUCCAUCCACCCCAGCAGCUUUGUCAACCUGAAGGCCCUGAGAGAGCUGCGACUCGACGGAAACCUCCUCUCCUCCUUUCCCUGGGAGGGGCUACGGGACAUGCCCCGCCUCCAGACCCUGGGUCUCCAUAACAACCGUCUGUUCAGCCUCCCUGCUCACGCCUCCCUGUUUCUCCCCAACAUCACCUUCCUGGACCUGUCCAGCAACAGGUGUGAACAAAACCACAUAAAGGCAGGAGCUGUAGGUGUGAGAGUUACUCACUCUCUCUCUCUCUCUCUCUCUCUCUCCCCACAGGUUGACUGUGUUACCUGCCGAGCUGCUUGACCUCUGGUUUCCUCCUCCAGGACAGCAGGAAGGACUGCUCCAGAGAAGGAUUCUGGGUACAUCCUAGUUCUUAGAUUUACAGAACUGCUUGAGUUGACAUAAAUAAAAUAUCAUGUGCUGAAAAUUAGUCAUGACUAACAUCUCAGUGUGAGUCUCACUGUAACCAAGUCAUGUUGUUAUACAGGUCUCCAUGACAACCCCUGGUUAUGUGACUGCCAGAUCUCCAUGAUAAUGUCCCUGUCCAUGUCUCUGGGGAGUCCUGUGGUCCUGAUGGACCAGUUGCUGGUCUGCAGCUGGUCCAUGGAUCAGUCAGGGAGUCUCCUGACUCAGUCUGAGCUGUCUCGUUGCAUGAGGCCAUCUAUCCAGCCUGUGGCCACCAGAGUCAUCUCUCCACUGGGCAGCAACGUCAUCCUGCGCUGUGAAGCCACUGGGUACCCCACACCCACCCUGACCUGGGUCAAAACCUCAGCCUACACAGGUGAGUGGUCCAGGAUCUCUGUCAGGUCUUGAGGUCAUAUUACUGACCCCUCAACAUCAGUCCAGCACUGUUUUUUUUUUUUUUUUUUUGGUUCUUCAGCAGAUUGCUUUAGAAACAGUAUCUUUGAGAGUUCUGACGAGUUACCCAGGAACCUGGAGAGCUGUGAGUGUUGUCUUCUUAAUCUCCUUCAACCAUAAAACACCCCCAACAAACUCUGCAGGUUUACUGUGAAAGCCCUAAACUAUCCUUUAGAUCCUAUCCUAUAGCUUAGAUCCUGUGUUUCUCUGUGUUGAAGUUAUACAGGAAUCUCCUCGAGUCGGGGUCCGCUGGUCCAUCAUCAUUCUGAACGGGUUAUCUUACAAAGACGCGGGUGAAUAUCGCUGCCAGGCCAGGAAUAUGGCUGGGUUAUCCGAAGCCCCAAUCAAACUGAAGGUGGUGGGGGUCACCAGGCUGUCCCGCCUUCCAAAGAGAAAGUACCUGAAGACUCCGCUCAAACUAUCAGCAAGAUACAGGAAGCUGAACCAGGCUGCAUCCCCAUCCAUCAGAAGCUCCUCAGUGAAGGAGAACCAGAUCCUCCAAAACAUCUCCUCACCUUCUGUUAACAAAAAUCAGACCGUCAAUCGGGAGUCCAAAGAAGUCCUCCUGGACGGGAUACGCAAAAUGAACAUAACAGAAGUGAAGAAAUAGACGGUGACUCUCAGAAAGACUAUUAUAACUUCUACAGGGAACUCUGCACCUGCUCACAAAGACUUCAUGAGAUGAGGUUUUUGAGGGUCCAUUUUGGUGAUCAACAGGACAAAAAACCACGAGUUGUCAUUAUUAUCAGGUCAAUCUUUAGAUUUAGAGCGCCAGGCCUUUUUUCUGACUGUCUGCACUUAAACUAAAGCCC